ACGAGUGAAGACUUCCUGAAAUAAAAUUGCAAAAAUUAAUUUGGAAUCAGUGAAUACUCUAGGCAGGCGAAUCACUCGAGUCAGACGUACACCGAAAAGAGGACGACCCUGGAACGCCGGGAAUUUGCCAUUUGGAAAUCAUGGCUGUGAUGAUAAUUAUCCAAUAAACCCAAUGGAAGUGUUCAUACAUUCUGGUGCUUCAUACGUGAUAAAAUACAUGAAUGGGACGAGAAUAUCAUUAAAAAAUUCAUCAUAUGUGCCCCUAAUUAUUUAGUGCAAUCUAAUGUGAGUGCAGGAGUGAUUGGAAUAAUCCUGCCUGAUUCGAUCUUCCUUAAUUAAUGAGGGAAUUCUUAAGAUGGACGCCAGUAAACAAUAUGCCCAUGAAAAUCCGCGAAGCAAAGCGAAUAUUUUCGCUGUUUUACUGUGGACAUGGACCUUAAAAUUCUUCAAGACUGGUUACAGCAAAGUAUUGGAGCCCUCGGAUCUUUUCGACCCGGUGCAGUCAGACAGAUCAGGUGUCCUGGGGGAUAGACUGGAGAGAGAAUGGUUCAAAGAGUUGGAGGUCUGCAAGAGAUCGAAGAAGAGUCCAAAUUUUCUGAGGACAAUACUCCGUUGUUUCCUGUGGGAGUACUCCCUCCUGGGCUUUCUCCAGAUCUUCAAUGAGUUUUUCCUCCGCCUGGGAACACCGAUGCUGUUGGGUGGACUCCUCAGGUACUUCAGGGCUGACGAGUCAACCCGUUCCUUCGAUACAGCCCUGAUGUUUGCAGCUGGUAUCUGCCUGGCAACAGCCCUGAAUGCGAUAACAAUAAAUCAGAGUGUCUUCGGGGCGUUUCACAUCGGUGGAAAAAUUCGUAUAGCCGUGUGCUCAGUGGUGUACAGAAAAGCUCUUCGCCUUAGCAUAACAGCCCUCGGGGAAACAGCCCCUGGAAAAGUGGUGAACCUCGUGGCGAAUGAUGUGAAUCGCUUCGACAUUGUCUCAGUUUUCAUCCACUACAUGUGGUCAGCACCCCUCUCAGCGAUAAUAAUCGGUUAUUUUUUAUACGUUGAGGCAGGUUAUGCAGGUAUUCUCGGAAUUGCUGCAGUCUUCAUCGUCGUACCCAUUCAGUCAUACACAGGAAAGCUCUCCUCGAUAUUUCGCCUCCAAACAGCGAUAAAAACGGAUGAACGAGUUCGUUUGAUGGACGAGAUAAUAUCCGGGGUUCAGGUGAUCAAAAUGUACGCCUGGGAGAAGCCCUUCUGCGCGAUGAUCGAACUAGCACGUCGUCUCGAGCUCAAGGUCGUUCGUAAAAGUUCCUGGAUCCGGGGAAUUUUUAUGACAUUCAAUCUUUUUACCACUCGAAUGGCUGUCUACUGCACCCUCGUUGGGAUGAUCUUCUUCGGUCAGCCUCUCACUGCUGAGAAGGUAUUCGUGUUCUCAUCGUACUUUGGGACACUCUCUCACACGAUGUCCGCGAUGUUUGUCCGAGGGGUCGCCGAAAUUGCUGAGUGCAUGGUAGCAGUGCGUCGUCUUCAGCAUUUUCUCAUGUACGAUGAAUUCCAAGUGCUCGAGAAUAGAUCAAUCUCGCCGGAUAGUAAAUCUCCAAAGGGUGAUCUCCCUUACAUUGAUGAUGAGAUCUCCCACGAGAGCCCCAAUGACUCCUUGAAGAUGAACGGUCUGGCUGCGGUGGCCAGUGAUCUCGUGAAGAACACAGCGAAUUAUGUGGCUAAUCAGAAUAGCCAUAUAGCUGUUUCUCUGAGAAAUUUGACUGCCAAGUGGGAGCCUGAGGCACCUGAGAAUAUCCUGGAGGAAGUGAAUGCAGAAAUUGAAAAAGGAAAAUUGUACAUCGUUAUCGGGGCUGUGGGCUCUGGUAAAUCCUCACUGAUAUCAGCAAUCCUGGGGGAGAUGUACAUAUCUGGAGGUCGUGUGGACAUCAAAGGGGGAAUGAGCUACGCAUCCCAGGAGGCGUGGGUGUUCGGUUCGACAGUCAGGCAGAAUAUAAUUUUUGGACAGCCGUACGAUCGUCAGAGGUAUCAGAGAGUGAUCAAGGCGUGUGCUCUGCUAUCUGACUUCAAACAAUUUCCCCAAGGGGAUCAGACAGUCGUGGGAGAACGAGGAAGUUCCCUCUCAGGAGGACAGAAGGCCAGAAUCAAUCUGGCGAGGUCUGUCUAUCGUCAGGCGGACGUCUACAUCUUCGAUGAUCCCCUGAGUGCCGUUGACACUCACGUGGGGAAACAUCUCUUCGAGGAGUGCCUCCAGAGGUACCUAGGGGGCAAAACAAGAAUCCUCGCGACCCACCAGCUGCAGUUCAUCAAAGGUGCUGAUGCUAUUCUUCUACUGGAGCAUGGAAAAUUGAUAAGAUUCAGUAAUUAUCCGGAAUUACUAGCUGAGAGGCCAGUGUACGCCAGUCUCCUCGCGUCAGACUCGUCAUCAGAGACCGGUGACGACUCCUUUCACGAAAGAUCUGGAAUGCGACGACAGGUAUCCACUGCAUCCACAAGGAGUCGAACUCCAGACGUCUCUGGAGGGGACACAGACGUCGAGGACGACGACAACGAUCCAGAGGCUGAGAACGUACUCGAGGGCACCUCCAAGGGCAUCAUCACGGGCUCCAUCUACGCGAAAUAUUUCAGAGCUGGGGGUAACUGGUGUUUCGUUCUCACUGUAGGAGUCUUCUUCCUUCUGGCGCAGUGUGCUGUCACUCUCAAUGAUCUGUUCUUCCCGAUGAUGGUGGACUUCGAGGAGAAACGCCAUCACCAGUUCGAGAUCGAUCGAUUGAAUACCACUGGGAAUUUAACUAACUCAGAUUAUCCUCAAUCACCAGUUUAUAUCUAUGUGUAUAUUUACUCUGUUCUCGUUCUCUCGAUAUUCGUGAUUGGUAUCACCAGAUCGUUCAUGUUUUACGGACUGGCUAUUGGAGCAUCUCAGACACUCCACGACAGGGCAUUUGGAGCACUCAUAAGAACGGGAAUGAGAUUCUUCGAUACUAAUCCCAGUGGCAGGAUUCUCAACAGAUUCUCCAAGGACAUGGGAGCAAUCGAUGAGCUUCUACCAAAGGCUCAGCUGGACGCUGGCCAGAUAAUCAUGAUGAUGGUGGGAGCAUUGAUAGUUGUCUGCGUUGUCAAUCCAAUGUUCAUAGCACCUCUGGCUGUCAUGUCAUUUAUAUUCUACUGGAUUCGAAAAGUCUACCUGAAGACGAGUAAAAACGUGAAGAGACUGGAGGGAAUUCUGCGAUCACCAGUAUUCACCCACUUGAAUGCAACACUUCAUGGUUUAUCCACCAUCAGGGCUUACAAUGCUCAGGAGAUCCUUAAGAUGGAGUUUGAUAGAUUUCAGGACAGUCACAGCUCAGCCUGGUACAUGUUUAUCGUAACUAGUACAGCAUUUGGGUUCUCUCUGGACGUAUUCUGCUUUAUCUUCACGAUGAUCGUGACAUUUUCACUGCUCUUACUCCAGGGAUAUUCAGGAUCACAGGUCGGUCUCGCCAUAACGACGGUAAUGUCGAUGACGGGUAUGAUCCAGUGGGGGAUGCGUCAGUCAGCGGAGGUCGCCAAUCAGAUGAUGUCGGUGGAACGAGUGCUCGAGUAUACGUUACUUCCACCUGAGGACAAUCUCUGUGACAGGGGUUUGAUAACCAAGAAGAAGAUGAAGAGUAAGUUAACCAAGUCUGUGGACUCUGAGUUGGAUAGACUUCCAGUGCCAGCGCCGAAGAAUUGGCCGAGUGAGGGAACAAUCAGAUUCAGGUACGUCUACAUGAGGUACUCGGACGAUGAUCCACCUGUGCUGAAGGGCCUCGAUCUGGUGAUUAAAUCAAGAGAAAAGGUUGGCAUCGUUGGGAGAACUGGUGCUGGCAAAUCCUCCCUCAUAUCAGCACUCUUCAGGCUUGCCAGGGUCGAGGGGGUAAUCGAGAUCGAUGGAGUCGACACUGGCAGCAUCUGCCUGGAGGACCUGAGAAAAAAUAUUUCCAUCAUACCCCAGGAUCCUGUCCUGUUCUCAGGGACACUCCGGAAAAAUCUUGAUCCCUUCAAUGAAUUCAGUGAUGAUGCCCUCUGGGCUGUUCUCGAUGAAGUCGAGCUGAAAGACGUCGUCGCCACUGGUAUCCAUGGCCUUGAUAGUAGAGUAUUUGAUAGGGGGACCAAUUAUAGCGCUGGACAGAGACAACUCGUCUGCCUUGCCAGGGCUAUUCUCAGGAAUAAUAAAGUACUUAUGCUGGAUGAAGCCACUGCCAAUGUCGAUCCACACACCGAUGCCCUCAUUCAGAGGACCAUCAGAACAAAAUUCGCUGAAUGCACUGUCCUCACUGUUGCCCAUCGUCUCAACACCAUCAUGGAUAGUGAUAAAGUUCUCGUGAUGGAUGCUGGACGACUUGCUGAGUACGAUCAUCCUUAUCUUCUUCUCCAGAAUGAAAGAGGACAAUUCACAUCACUCGUCAGGGAGACAGGACGAGCUAUGCACGAGCAGCUCUUCAAGGUCGCCAAGAAGGCGUACGAAGAGCUACAUGGGGAGCGCCUCUGAGAGGAAAUCCUGGAGCAAUUUAUAGGAGACAAUGUGCACUGGAAAACUCAAUUUCUGAGAAGGAAAUGGUGCUAUUAUGCCUCACCUGAAAUUACCUCAUCUGUACUUAUCUUUCUGGGGCCUUAUCAAUCGAGGAAUUGUCCUUGAGAUUGAGUUUUUAUUGAAAUGUACAAAAAAUCGAAGUACUUCGAUAGCUGUAUGUAAAUGAACUCGAGUGAUUCAACCGUUUUCAAUUUUUGAUAUUAUUUUCUCAAACCUGAGGGGAAAUAUUCUCGUUACAACCCUCGCAAUCUCCAAUACAAUGUUGUAUGAAUAUUUUUGUAUUAUGCGAUCAAUAGAAAAAUCAUUUACACGAUUCCAUGGAGAGAGAAUUUUUCCGUUAAGUGAUUUAGAGCGUAAGUGAAUUAUUUUUCGGAGAUGUCUUCGAUGCUUAACGGUUUAAUUUCUCUCUCCGCACCGUGAGUAUAUUUUAGAUAAUUUUUGAGAGCUUGCGCAAUCUCUCCAACGGAUACUUAAAGAAUAGACUUGAUGUUAAGAUUCUUUAUAAUUGUAAAUAAAUCAGACAAAUGAGAUACGAA